AAUGGAGGUGUUGGCUUUGGGGAUGACCAGUGAGAUCCUUCUAAACAAAGCACUUUUUAAAAAACGUUUGCAAAGCGUCAAGUCUAUAAAAAUUAGUACACUGUGUUCGUAACACAUUUUAGUUUUGGGAACAGAAAAAGGUAUUGAAAUCAGAUGUUUCAUCGAUGAGAAAAUUAGCAGAAUGUCGGCCUAGUUUCACCUAGUUCCAUCCUCUCCCACUACCUGCGCCUGGACUUCUUCUGACUACCAUAUUUGGUGGUGAGAAAACGUUCUAAACGGAUGCUUCCGCUUUAUAGCCCUGUGACAUGCCUGGGUUACCCCUUCUGUCUGUGCAUCAACUCUUCAGACUUGCCAGGCCUGUGAGAGGUUGAUUGUCAUUUGAUUUAAAUUGUUUUAUUGGGCUGAACAGUCGUUAGAAGUAGACCGAUUUUUGUGUUCUGACUUGUGGUGUUGUUGUUGUUCGACAGCUAGUGGCAUGCUUCUCACUGGCAAUGCUAGCGGUUAGCUAACAUAGCCAGUUAGCUAUCUAGUUGCCAUUCAUUGAAUCUGACUUUCUGUUUUUAAUUUCGCUAACGUUAGUUGGUUGGUGAGUUAACGUUUAUUAACAUAUUAGUUAGUCGAGCUAGCUAGUUGCUUUGAUUAAGGCUAGCUAGCUAGGUCACUGAUUUAACUGCGACGAUGCAAUGGUCAGCUUAUGACAUGAUGUUGGACGACCAAAAACUAGCUACCUAGCUAAAGUUUUCACUGAAAUGUUUGAGUUAGAAUUCAAUAAUGGAAGGUUUACUUGACUAAUUAUAUUUUAAGAAGUAAGCUAGAGAGAGCUAGUGGUUUAAAUGGCAAGAAUAGAACCAGGUAAUGGACUUAAGUCAGCAGAGUCCCACAAAAGUUUGCGGAGCACAAGAGAAAGUCUGGCACUGACAGAUGGAGAAGGCAACUCUUUCAGCUCGGACUCUGAACUAAAUGGCUAUACCAGUGAGAGACAGACGGAUAAAUAUGGAUUUAUUGGGGGUGCACAACAAUAUUCAGAACAAUCAGCUGAAAACAUCCCUCCUGAGGUGCUGAGACAGAGGGAGGCCAAAUGGCUGGACAUGCUCAACAACUGGGACAAGUGGAUGGCAAAGAGACACAAGAAGAUGAAGCUGCGCUGUCAGAAGGGCAUCCCCCCCUCACUGCGAGGCCGGGCGUGGCUUUACCUGUCAGGAGGAAAGGUGAAGAGGGAGCAGCACAAGGGCAAGUUCGAGGAGCUGGACAGCCAGGCAGGAGACCCUAAGUGGGUGGAUGUGAUAGAGCGGGACCUCCACAGACAGUUCCCCUUCCAUGAGAUGUUUAUGGCAAGAGGAGGCCAUGGGCAGCAGGACCUGUACCGUGUCCUGAAGGCCUAUACUCUGCACCGGCCAGAGGAGGGUUACUGCCAGGCCCAGGCUCCCAUCGCUGCUGUGCUGCUAAUGCACAUGCCUGCUGAGGAUGCAUUCUGGGGUUUGGUCCAGAUCUGUGAGAAGUACCUUCCUGGAUACUACAGUGCAGGGCUGGAGGCGAUCCAGCUGGAUGGAGAGAUCCUGUUUGCUCUGCUGAAGCGGGUGUCUCCUCUGGCCCACCGCCACCUGAAGAAGCACAAGAUGGAUCCUAUCCUGUACAUGACAGAGUGGUUCAUGUGUGCCUUCUCCAGAACCCUGCCUUGGGCCUCCGUGCUGCGCGUCUGGGACAUGUUCCUCUGUGAGGGAGUGAAGAUUAUCUUCCGGGUGGGCCUGGUGCUGUUGAAGUGCAUGCUGGGCUCCCAGGACAAGCUGAAGACGUGUCAGGGCCAGUAUGAGACCAUGGAGUUGCUCAAGACCAUAGAUACACGCUACAUGCAGGAGGGGUUCCUAGUGCGGGAGAUUAUAGAGCUGCCGGUGUCAGAGCGGAACAUUGAGAAGGAGCACCUGGCAUCAGUGCGGCGCUGGAAGGAGACCCGGGGUGAGUUGCACUGCAAGUCCCCUCCAAGAAUGCACGGCGCCAAAGCCAUCAUGGCCGCCGAGCCGCCCAGUCACCAAGACCUGAGACAGAACCCCACCAUCAUAGUCGAGUCGCCCCUGGCAACCAAGCGCAAUGGGGAGGACAAGGAGAGGAAAAAGACCAAAGAGGAGAAGAAUGGGAAGAAGAACCACUCUCCGACCCCAGUCGCAGCCAACCCCUUCCCUGAACCCAGCGAGCCCUCCCCCCUCCUCAAAGACACAGCCAUGCAGGGCUCCAAUCAGAGCCUGAGCAGCACAGAGCAUGACACCUACCUGUAGCAGAUGGAAGGAGCUGGGACAAGCUGGGGGUUACAACACCUGUUUACUGCUCACUGACUCCAUAUCCCCAGUAUACCUGUACCCUCUGACCCAUCCCCACCUCUGCCCUGACCAUCAGGUCCCACACCUCUUGACCGACACUUUCCAUUAUAGCCAAAUGCAUCCAUAGCAAAACACUCUAAAAUAAUGGAAGCCUCUGGCGUAGACCAAGUAGUAGUUGUUUUUCACACAUAUAUGGGAGAUGACAAUUCAAUCAUCAGUUGGGAGAGUGCAGAACUAACCUUCGUUCAGUUGGCUAUACGGGUAUACAUGCACUUGGGCUGAGGGUAGAUUAUACAGCCUGCCGCUGAGAUCAAUCAUAUCAGUUGAUUAUUUAAAUCUUUUCUCACUAAAGAAGUCUUAGACUGAGUCAAGAUUAGGUGACAUAACUAUGAAGUCUGCUUAGCCAAGAGUCCUGGAUCUGUCCUACAAGAUCUGGGGGUCUUUUGCUAGAGGCUGGAGCACUACCUAUUUACAUCUUGCACCUAAUAUAUACUGUAGUAUGAGGCACUACACUGCCAACACACACCAAUCCAGAAUUGUUAGAUUAAGUUCUCAGUCACAGGGAAUGUCAAUUCAGUUAAAUUGUAAUCACAGCAGAAUAUGGCUUGAAUCACAUACGUUGCCAACAUACUGUAUAAAGAUUAAUGCUAUUGUCAUUCACUCAUUGGUGCAUCCUUUCUCUCUGAUUGUAGUUGAUGUUGAUUAACACUAGAGGGCUCUGUGGGGCAAUUUUCCUGCCCUGACCAAUGAAGGAACUUGAAUGACCGUGGUUGAGGGGAAAAUCAGUGAUCUGUUUAUCAUCUUCAUAGUUUCAAAUUAAGGAAAUGAAAGUUUGCAGGACAAUUCCUGUCACUAGACCAAAGCUUGUUGAUUUGAUGUUUUGACAUACAUUAUGUGUUGUAAGAUCCAUGCUGUCUGAAUUAUUCCUGAGUGUGUUGAUUCUUUGCUGAGCUCCAGAGAACAGACAGUGAGUGUGUGUGGUCAUGCAGUGGGAGAAACAUGGGAGAAUGCCAAUCGAUGGACCACUCGUAUCAUACUCAGCCAUGUUGAUUAAUCUAGCCAUGUCUAGUUGAUGAGAUAAGUAUAAGCUAUUUGUGUAUACCUGUUUAUUAACUCUGUCCAUAAUUGCUUUAUAUGCAAUCAUCAAUGUUUUACAUAAAUGUGUGUCAAGGUCAAAUAUCUGCCUUUAGAUCAGAUUAGAACCGCUGAAGUUGAUGUUUCUGAAGGGACUAUUUGUAUGAAAGAACAUUGUCCAUUUUUGAAUGGUAAAAUGAUGAUUUCUGUAAAAAUUGCUGUAGAUUUUCACACUUGCACAGAGCAUAGUAUAACACUACAUAUACAAUAGGUUUAUAUUUGUCUAAGAUUAAGCACUUUGUCCCUGGUCAAGCCCUUUAAGAAUAGAAUGAACAAUAACAUUUUGUUUGUCUUCUGUAAAAUUGGCCGUGUGUGUAUAUACACUGAACAAAAAUGUAAACGCAUCAUGUAAAGUGUUGGUCACGUAUCAUGAGCUGAAAUAAA